AUGGAAGCUGCAAAGAACGCGUUCAACCACGUUAUGGGCUACGACAAGGAGAGCGCACCAGAGCAUCACCAUCAUGUCCCCGGUCAUCACAAGAAUGACGAGCCGCCCACUACUAAUGAUGACACGAGUGUAUCCUCAACCGAGACCCCUUCCAAGCCCGUCUCAGCAGGCAACAGUGGCAGCAAUGACCAACAGGGCACCUCGCAGGACCUCGGCCGGGUCCAGUCCCCCAAACAAGGCCCUGACCCGGCCCUCGUCGGCGACCCGAACCCCACGGACAAGAUGACUGGCACCGCCGCCCCUGGCAGCCACAGUGCUGUUUUCGGCUUGACUCCGGACGGCAAGAGGGUCAGCGAUACUUCUCAUGGCAGUUCGGCCCCUAAACCGGCACAUAGCAGCAAGACCGCUGUGGGUGGCGGUAAGGAAGAUGCUGGACACACAGAUACUAGCUCUCGUGCUCCGGCUAGUGGAGAGAUCAGCGAGCAGAUGCAUAAGGCUGAAGCGGAUCCCGGUGCAAAGGGUUUGCAGAGGACGGACCCGGCACCCGAGCCGGCUGGAAGUGACGGGAAGCCCGGGGCAGGCGUUACGGGGAUGCAGCAGGGUAGUGGAAAGGUCGAGCUUGGGAAGUAA